UUCGCUUCCCGGUACUUGUUUCGCUUAUCGAUUGGUAGUAUAAAUAGUUAAGAUUGUUGGCUAAAAUGGCAUCAGUAGUUCUUCCAACUCCAAGCAUUACAGCAAGCAAUCAAGCAAAAUGCGCAGCUAUCAACUGACUUUGAUUUUCGCCAUGGGCUUCCUGUGGGCGGUGGCCAGUGGUAGCACCCAACCGCCGAGCACCACCGCUCGUACUCUCCCCUGGAACUGUCCGCUCUUCCCGGAAGUCUGCUCGAGGAACAGCCCCAAGGUCUGCGGAAGGACUCCGAGGGGCGAGUGCCAGCGGUUCGAAAACAUCUGCCACUUGAUGCUGGCCCAUCGGCUCGGGUGGCCCGUGGGGGUGAGGCACACCCGCGACCUUGACUGCCGCAACCUGCGCGGGGACGGCCCCGCCCACCGCCGCCCCUGCUACGAGGCGUGCCCCCCGCGGCCCGUCGUCUGCAAGAGGUCGCCCCCGAACCAGCACAUCUGCGUGCGCAGCAGGAGCAACAGGCGGCAGUGCAAGGUGCUGGCCAACAAGUGCCAGUUGCGCAACCAGAACUGCCACAGCCAGCCCAAAAACAACUGGCUCCGCACCGACAAGAGGCGCUGUGGCAAGCUGCAGUUGGGCGACAAGCCGCAGGACUGCCUCAGGGUGCCCAGGCGCAACACCACCAUCCCCCGCACCACCACCCCCCGCACCACCACCCCCCGCACCACCACCCCCGCACCACCACCCGCCGCGCCACCACUGCCAGGGCGGUCUAAGGGAUCAAGGACAUCCGCUUUCCCUGUGAACGCCAACACGUCUCUCAAUUUUUUUUUUAACUUCCCCCAUUAGAGUGUGCAAUAAAUUGAAAAUAAACUACAAGGCAUAUA